UCGAAAGAGUCGAUAUACUUAGACCAAAAAUCUAACACUGACAUUAUUGAUUAAUUGAUUAUUCACUAUUAUUUAAGAAUAAUAAUUCAUUUAGCCCACCACAAUGUGUGACUACGAAUCAAUAAGGAUAAAAAAUUUAGAAGACAACCGUCGAGUUUUGGCUUCAUUUGGUCUUUUGGACCCGUUCAAAUCUCUGCCUCGUGUUAUCAGACAAAAAAAUGUUUCAAAACCUACAAGUACAAAGAAAAAUGAGAGGAAAAGGCCAGCACCAGCUGAUGAUAUUAUCGGUGGUUCAUUGUAUGGAUCCAGACGCAAAUCUGCAAGGCUACAAGGACAGGUUCCCAAUUUGGAUGCAGUAAACUUUGUUGAUAAUGAUGAAGAAGAAACUGAACGCCCACAAAAAUUACAAGCUAACAGACCAAACUUUUAUGGUGCAGUUCCUGGAGUUGAAGUUGGUACAACGUGGCUGACACGCAUGGAAUGUUGCAGAGAUGGGAUACAUAGGCCAACUGUUGCUGGUAUUCACGGGGGUGAAAACGGAGCCUACUCCAUAGCUCUGUCAGGAGGUUAUGAAGAUGAUGUCGACCUUGGAGAAUGUUUUACCUACACCGGAGAAGGGGGUAGAGAUUUGAAAGGCACUAAAGCUAACCCUAAGAACCUACGUACAGCUCCGCAGUCAAAAGAUCAAACAUUAACCAGAGGCAAUUUAGCUCUUAACAGAAAUGUGGAAACUAAAAAUCCUGUACGUGUUAUCAGAGGCUACAAACUGGACAGUCCAUUUGCUCCUGAAGAGGGGUACAGAUAUGAUGGCCUGUACACAGUUGAGAAAUGCUGGUUCACUACAGGUCUGUCUGGCUAUGGAGUUUGGAAAUUUGCUUUAAAACGCUGUGAUGACCAAGCACCCCCGCCUUGGCAUUUUUCCACGGCACCUGGAUCACCACAUAAAUCUUCAGGAAAAACCCAAGAUAAAACCUCCAAUGAAAGCCAAGAUGAAGAUUCAACCUCAGGUGACAAUAAUGAAGCCUCGGCAACCAAGUGUGAUAAAAAAUUAGAUGAAACUCCAACCCCGGGUGAUGAUAAAAAACAAAAUGAAACCUCAGCAACCAAGUAUGAUAAAAACUUAGAUGAAACUCCAACCCCGGGUGAUGAUAAAAAACAAAAUGAAACCUCAGCAUCUAAUGGCGAUAAAAACAUUGAUGAAACAAAUGGUGACUCAGCUGAUGAAAGAAGUGAAGAUUAGCUCGUUAACUUAUCUCAAAUAUUUUUUAAAUAAAAUGUUUUAUUUUUACUUAAUGUAAUCAAAGGUUCAUUCCUGUAUAUACAAAUAUUUUAAGAUACUGUGUAUGUAUGAUCAAACUGGCAGCUAACCAGUUGAAGCAUUUUUUAGAUAAUUUUUAAAAAUAUUUUAAGAUUUUUAAAAUAUACUUUUUUAAGUUUCUUCGGAUGAAAUGGUAUGUUUAUACAAGU